CCCCCGGCCCCCGGGUCCCAGUCCACGAGCGAGCGUGCGCGUGAGCGUGAGAGAGCGAGAGCGAGUGCCAUGGCCACCUCCCACCAGCGCCCCGGCGUGGCGACCCCCGCGGCCGGCCCCCAGCGGCGCCACCCGGCCGCGGCUCCCGGCGGCGGCCCCGCCCCCGGCGGCGGCCCCAGUACCAAGGUCCCGGUCUUCGCCACGGUGUCCGCCCGGCUGGACCAGCUGCUGAAAUCCUGCCCCACCAUGACCACCCUCAGCGGGGACCCCAACACCUGGUCCUCCCUGCCGGUGCAGCAGACCACCACCAACCUGAGCAUCUCCCCGCACCAGUACAUGACUGUCUAUGAUGAGAUCUUCCACCACUGCACCAGCGCCGGCACCGGCGCCCACGGCCAAGACGCCGGCAUGUCCAACUCCGUUCACGGAACCUCGGUCGCCGGGAAUGACAUCUACAUGCAUGUGCGCAGCCACCUGGUCGAUCACUUGGCCCGGCACAUGCUCCCCCGGGCGCUGCACUAUCUGGCCAUGGACGACCCGUCCUUCCAGGUGCCGACCGAUCUGCUGAGCCUGUGCCGGUCGCCGAUCCCCGCGCCGGUCGGCGAUGACAUCCCGGCCACCGGCGGGGCCCUGCUCAACUUCUAUGCCGUGGCUUGGCGGCACUUCUGCGCGGCCACCCUCAUCGCCAAUCGCAUGCUCAACUACCUCAAUCGUUUCUACGUGCCCUCGCGCAGUGACACCGACCGGUCCAUCUGCCCGAUCAAUGCGCUGGCUAUCAAAUGCUGGAACACCUACAUCCUGGAGCCCCUGCGGCUGCGCAUCACCAACUACAUCCUGCUGCUGAUCCGCAAACGUCGCGAUGGCAACCAGGCCGUCAACAUGCGCCUGGUGAAGGACGUCCUGUCGAGCUUCUACGACGUCUUCUUCGACGAGCGCAACGACCGCACCGUUCCCGAUGCGUAUGUCAUCUACUUCGAGCAGUUCUUCAUCCAAGACACCGUGGAGUACUACACCCGCGAGGCGCGGGCCUUCGUGGAUGGCGUCCACCACCAGGCCACCGGCGGGACGGCCGCCACCUCCCCCUCGGACACGGGCGCCCCCUUCGUGGGGGCCUCCUACCGCCAGGCCCUCGGAGGGGUGGACACCCCGACGGCCAGUGCACUGGCCGCCACCACCGGCAUGGCCAGCAUGUCCGUGGACCCGGUGACCGGGGCCGCCGCCGCCGCCGCCGCCGCCGCCGCCGCCGGGGCCGACCAUGGGCCGGGCAGCGCCGCCGAGCCGCUUCUCCCGGGGGCCACGGCCAGUGCCGUGGCCGCGGCCGCGGCCGACCCCCAGCGCCGCAACAUGACCGACUACGCGCGGCACGUCCGCAUGCGCCUGGCCGAGGAGGAUGUCCUGGUGCGGGAUUUCCUCGAUCCCCAAGGCCAGGCCGGCACCGUGGCCAAGAUGUACAUCCACCUGAACACGGUGCUCAUCGCCCCCUUCAAGGAACUCCUGGCCGACGAGCUGGGCGCCCUGCUCCCGACCCAGGGCGAGGCCGACAUCAAGCUCAUCUUCGGCCUGCUCAGCCGGCUGGAGGAGGAUGCCGGCAUCGAUGCCAUCCGCCCGGUCAUCGAGGAGCACAUCCGCGUGGAGGGCAUGGACGCCGUGCGCCGGAUCGAGCACCUGACACUCAAGCCCGGGGCCAAAACUCAGGACCCCCAGCACUAUGUGAAUGCUCUGCUCCAGACGUACGAGACCUACAACCGCCUGAUCCGGGUGUGCUUCUCCUCGCACCCGACCCUGGUGGCCUCGCUCGAGCGCACCAUCCGCAAGGUCAUCAACCACAAUGUGGUCGCCUGUCCGGGGUCCUCGGCGCCGGCGACCGCCGGUGGGGCCGCCGACGCCGGGCCGGCCGCCGGUCGGGCCCGGCAAAACCGCUCUCCCGAGCUGGUGGCCCAGUAUAUUGAUCAUCUGCUGCGGCCGCCGCAGCAGGCUUCCUCCUCGUCCUCCUCGGCGAUGGCCGGGCCAGGGGGCCUGGCCGGCGCCGCCGCGCCCCUGCUCAGCCCCCUGGACGAGACGGCCCUCAUGGAGAAGAUCUCCAAGAUCAUCGCCUAUGUCUUUAAGUACAUCGAGGAUAAGGAUGUCUUCGAGCAGAAGUACCGCCGCGGUCUGGUGUCGCGCCUGGUGAACAAGCUCUCUUUCAACGAGAACAUCGAGAAGAUGAUCGUGUCCAUGCUGAAGGAUGUCUGUGGUGGCACGUACAUCGGCAAGCUGAAGCUCCUCCUCAACGAGGAGGAUCUCAGCCAGAAGCUGUACAAAAACUUCCGCGCCAGCUUCGGGGGCACCGAGCAGCCCGGCGGCAAGUCCGAGCACCAGCUCCAGCAGACGGCCGCCAGCCCCGCCUGGAUGGCCAUCCCCCAGAUCGAUGUGCUGGUCUUCGACACGGAGAUCUGGCCCUUCUCCAUCCAGAACCUGGACAUUCGACUGCCCCCGGCGCUCGCCUCAUUCAUGGAGCAGUUCGAGGAGUUCUACAAGACAAACAACUCCGGCCGGGCCCUCAAGUGGAUGCUCGGCAACAGCAAGACCGACCUGGCGUUCACGCCGCGUGCCAGGUCUGGGGACAUGCUCUCGGCCCCGGUCCCGGAUGUCGAGGCCGCGCCGCCCUUCACCACAUACUCCCUGUCGAUGUCCACGCAGCUGGCCACCGUGCUGCUGCUCUUCAAUGCCCCGAGCAAUGGGCCGGCCUGGACGGUCGAGCGUGUCAGCGCCGCCACCGGCAUGGACCCGGCCAACACUUCACAUAUUCUGGAAUACCUGGUCAGCACCGCCAUGAUUCUCCUGUGGGGGAAGGCCGAUGACGGCCAGGUGACUUGCAAGGUUAAUUCGAAUUUCUUCAUGAACCGCCCCCGGGGCCAGCUGAGCUUCUCCUCCCCAAAGAGCAUCGGCGCCUCCGCGGCAGCCGCCUCCAGCGACAUGGCCGACACCGAGGCAUCGGCGGUCGACGCGUCGACACAGCGCGAUCGGGCCCAGCUGGUGGAGCUGGCCAUCGUGCGCGUGCUCAAGCACUCGGAUACCCUCUCCUGGUCCGGGCUCAAGGGGCUGGUGGAUGCCCAGCUGGAGACGCGCUUCCGCGUGGACCCAUCCCUCUUCAACUCGUCACUGGACGUCCUCAUCCAGAAGGAGUUCAUCGCCAAGGCCACCCCGAUUGCCGGCGACCGGACCGGCGACCCGGACGACGUGGACGCCGACGUCGGGGGGGAGGACAUUUUCAGCUAUCUUGUGUAG